CAGCCUUUGGGACUGGGGUCUGGCCAGAGCUGCUCGCGGACGGAGCAGACUGAGUGGUGACAGGGGUCCGCAGCAGGGUCCGUUCCAUCCCGAGGCUUCUGGACCAGCAUCGAAGUUGUUGUCUUCCUGGCCAAGAACCAUCCCCUCUUUGGGCUUCUGAGGCCCAGAGUGGGACGCAAUGAUGAGAGAAUGUGGUGGUCCACUCUGAUGUCAAUCUUGAGGGCUAGUGCCCAGAAGUGCAUCCUGGAGGAAUGUUUGUGAAAUGAACAAGUAAAGGCAAAGGUAUGGAUGAAGUCACUCAGGCAAAAUGUAUAAGUUCUUUUUGGAGGUGGAUAUCUGCUCAGACAAUAAGAAUUUUAAGAGCUGUGAGAGCUCACUGUGAGAGAAUAAUGGAUGAACCUUCCUCCUUGGCCAAAUCUCUGGAGCUGAACCAGCAUUCGCGAUUUAUAAUUGGCUCCGUAUCUGAGGAUAACUCAGAGGAUGAGAUCAGCAGCUUGGUGAAGCUGGACCUGCUAGAGGAGAAGGAGGGCUCUCUGUCACCAGCAUCCGUUGGCUCAGAUACUCUCUCCGAUUUAGGGAUCUCUAGCCUACAGGAUGGUUUGGCCUUACACAUGAGGUCCAGCAUGUCUGGCUUGCAUCUAGUAAAACAAGGUCGAGACCGAAAGAAAAUAGACUCACAAAGAGAUUUCACUGUAGCUUCUCCAGCAGAAUUUGUUACCCGUUUUGGAGGAAAUAAAGUGAUUGAAAAGGUUCUUAUUGCCAACAAUGGCAUAGCAGCAGUGAAAUGCAUGCGGUCUAUCCGUCGAUGGUCUUAUGAAAUGUUUAGAAACGAACGUGCAAUUCGAUUUGUUGUCAUGGUAACACCUGAAGACCUUAAAGCCAAUGCAGAAUAUAUCAAGAUGGCAGAUCACUAUGUACCAGUGCCUGGAGGACCCAACAACAACAACUAUGCAAAUGUGGAAUUGAUCCUUGAUAUUGCUAAAAGGAUUCCAGUACAAGCAGUGUGGGCUGGCUGGGGUCAUGCUUCUGAAAAUCCCAAGCUUCCAGAACUUCUUUUGAAGAAUGGUAUCGCCUUCAUGGGUCCUCCUAGCCAAGCCAUGUGGGCUUUGGGGGAUAAGAUUGCAUCUUCCAUAGUGGCUCAGACUGCAGGUAUCCCAACUCUUCCCUGGAGUGGCAGUGGUCUCCGUGUGGACUGGCAAGAAAAUGAUUUUUCAAAACGUAUCUUAAAUGUUCCCCAGGAGCUUUAUGAAAAAGGUUAUGUAAAGGAUGUGGAUGAUGGCCUGAAGGCAGCAGAAGAAGUGGGUUAUCCGGUAAUGAUCAAGGCCUCAGAAGGAGGAGGAGGAAAGGGAAUUAGGAAAGUCAAUAAUGCAGACGACUUCCCUAACCUCUUCAGACAGGUUCAAGCUGAAGUCCCUGGAUCACCUAUAUUUGUAAUGAGAUUGGCCAAACAGUCACGUCAUCUGGAGGUGCAGAUCUUAGCAGAUCAGUAUGGCAAUGCCAUCUCUUUGUUUGGUCGUGAUUGCUCAGUACAGCGGAGGCAUCAGAAGAUUAUUGAAGAGGCACCUGCUGCUAUUGCUACUCCAGCAGUAUUCGAACACAUGGAACAGUGUGCGGUGAAACUUGCCAAAAUGGUUGGUUAUGUGAGUGCUGGAACUGUGGAAUACCUCUAUAGCCAAGAUGGCAGCUUCUACUUCCUGGAACUGAACCCCCGGCUACAGGUGGAGCACCCUUGUACAGAGAUGGUAGCUGAUGUCAAUCUCCCUGCAGCGCAGCUCCAGAUUGCCAUGGGGAUCCCUCUAUACAGAAUCAAGGAUAUACGUAUGAUGUAUGGUGUAUCUCCCUGGGGUGAUGCACCCAUUGAUUUUGAAAAUUCUGCUCAUGUUCCUUGCCCACGGGGCCAUGUUAUUGCUGCUCGGAUCACUAGUGAAAAUCCAGAUGAGGGUUUUAAGCCAAGCUCAGGAACAGUUCAGGAGCUGAAUUUCCGCAGCAACAAGAACGUUUGGGGUUAUUUCAGUGUUGCUGCUGCAGGGGGACUUCAUGAAUUUGCAGAUUCCCAAUUUGGGCACUGCUUUUCCUGGGGAGAAAACAGAGAAGAAGCAAUUUCAAACAUGGUGGUGGCGUUGAAGGAACUGUCAAUUAGGGGUGAUUUUCGAACGACAGUUGAAUACCUGAUCAAAUUGUUAGAGACAGAAAGCUUUCAGUUGAAUAGAAUUGACACUGGCUGGCUGGACAGACUGAUAGCUGAAAAAGUACAGGCAGAGCGACCUGACACGAUGUUGGGAGUUGUCUGUGGGGCUCUCCAUGUGGCCGAUGUGAGCCUGCGGAACAGCAUCUCUAACUUCCUUCAUUCCUUAGAAAGAGGUCAAGUCCUUCCUGCUCACACACUUCUGAAUACAGUGGAUGUUGAACUUAUCUAUGAGGGAGUCAAAUAUGUACUUAAGGUGACCCGUCAGUCCCCCAACUCCUAUGUGGUGAUCAUGAAUGGCUCCUGCGUGGAGGUCGAUGUGCAUCGCCUGAGUGAUGGUGGACUGCUUUUGUCCUACGAUGGCAGUAGCUACACUACAUACAUGAAGGAGGAAGUGGACCGAUAUCGAAUUACAAUUGGCAAUAAAACCUGUGUGUUUGAAAAGGAAAAUGACCCUUCAGUGAUGCGCUCACCUUCUGCUGGGAAGUUAAUCCAGUAUAUCGUGGAAGAUGGGGGCCAUGUAUUUGCUGGCCAGUGCUAUGCGGAGAUUGAGGUAAUGAAGAUGGUAAUGACCUUAACAGCUGCAGAGUCUGGCUGUGUUCAUUAUGUCAAGCGGCCUGGAGCAGCUCUUGAUCCAGGAUGUGUAAUAGCCAAGAUGCAGUUGGAUAACCCCAGCAAGGUCCAGCAGGCUGAGCUUCACACAGGUAGUCUGCCACGGAUCCAGAGCACAGCUCUCCGAGGCGAGAAGCUCCAUCGAGUGUUCCACUAUGUCCUGGAUAACCUGGUCAAUGUGAUGAAUGGAUACUGCCUUCCAGAUCCUUUCUUCAGCAACAGGGUAAAAGACUGGGUGGAGCGGUUGAUGAAGACCCUCAGAGAUCCCUCAUUGCCUCUCCUAGAGUUGCAAGAUAUCAUGACCAGUGUCUCUGGUCGUAUUCCUCCCAACGUGGAGAAGUCUAUCAAGAAAGAAAUGGCUCAGUAUGCUAGUAACAUCACAUCAGUCCUUUGCCAGUUUCCUAGCCAACAGAUUGCCAACAUUCUAGAUAGCCACGCAGCUACAUUGAACCGGAAAUCUGAACGGGAAGUCUUCUUCAUGAAUACUCAGAGUAUUGUCCAACUGGUACAGAGGUACCGAAGUGGCAUCCGAGGCCACAUGAAGGCUGUAGUGAUGGACCUGCUGCGGCAGUACCUGAGAGUAGAGACACAGUUUCAGAGUGGUCACUAUGACAAGUGUGUGUUUGCCCUUCGGGAGGAGAACAAGAGUGACAUGAACACUGUGUUGAACUAUAUCUUCUCUCACGCUCAAGUCACCAAGAAGAAUCUUCUGGUCACGAUGCUUAUUGAUCAGUUGUGUGGCCGGGACCCUACCCUUACUGAUGAGCUGCUGAAUAUCCUCACCGAGCUAACUCAACUCAGUAAGACGACAAAUGCUAAAGUGGCACUUAGAGCACGCCAGGUUCUUAUUGCUUCCCAUUUGCCAUCAUAUGAGCUUCGUCAUAACCAAGUAGAGUCCAUCUUUCUAUCAGCUAUUGAUAUGUAUGGACAUCAAUUUUGCAUCGAAAACCUGCAGAAACUCAUCUUAUCAGAAACAUCUAUUUUUGAUGUUCUACCAAACUUCUUCUAUCAUAGCAACCAGGUCGUGAGGAUGGCAGCUCUGGAGGUAUAUGUUCGAAGGGCUUAUAUUGCCUAUGAACUUAACAGUGUACAGCACCGCCAACUUAAGGACAACACGUGUGUGGUGGAAUUCCAGUUCAUGCUCCCCACGUCUCAUCCAAACAGAGGGAACAUCCCCACGCUAAACAGAAUGUCCUUCUCCUCCAACCUCAACCACUACGGCAUGACUCACGUUGCUAGUGUCAGUGACGUGCUGUUGGACAAUUCGUUCACUCCCCCAUGCCAGCGGAUGGGUGGAAUGGUCUCUUUCCGGACUUUCGAAGAUUUUGUCAGGAUCUUUGAUGAAGUGAUGGGCUGUUUCUGUGACUCUCCACCCCAAAGCCCCACAUUCCCCGAGGCAGGUCACACAUCUCUGUAUGAUGAAGACAAGGUCCCCAGGGAUGAACCAAUUCAUAUCCUCAAUGUGGCUAUCAAGACUGACUGUGAUAUUGAGGAUGACAGGCUGGCAGCUAUGUUCAGAGAGUUUACCCAGCAAAAUAAAGCUACUCUGGUUGAGCAUGGAAUACGGCGCCUUACUUUCUUGGUUGCACAAAAGGAUUUCAGAAAACAAGUCAACUAUGAGGUGGAUCAGAGAUUUCAUAGAGAAUUCCCUAAAUUUUUCACAUUCCGAGCAAGAGAUAAGUUUGAGGAGGAUCGUAUCUAUCGUCACUUGGAGCCUGCCCUAGCUUUCCAGUUAGAGUUGAACCGAAUGAGGAAUUUUGACCUCACUGCCAUUCCAUGUGCUAAUCACAAGAUGCAUCUGUAUCUUGGAGCAGCCAAGGUCGAAGUGGGCACAGAAGUGACAGAUUAUAGGUUCUUUGUUCGCGCAAUCAUCAGACAUUCUGAUCUGGUCACCAAGGAAGCUUCUUUUGAAUAUCUACAAAAUGAAGGGGAACGGUUGCUCCUAGAAGCAAUGGAUGAGCUGGAGGUCGCUUUCAACAAUACAAAUGUUCGCACUGACUGCAAUCACAUCUUCCUCAACUUUGUUCCCACAGUCAUCAUGGACCCAUCAAAGAUUGAGGAAUCUGUGCGGAGCAUGGUGAUGCGCUAUGGAAGUCGACUGUGGAAAUUACGCGUCCUCCAGGCAGAACUGAAAAUCAACAUUCGCUUGACACCGACUGGAAAAGCAAUUCCCAUUCGCCUCUUCCUGACAAACGAGUCUGGCUAUUACUUGGACAUCAGCCUGUACAAAGAAGUGACUGACUCCAGAACAGCACAGAUCAUGUUUCAAGCAUAUGGAGACAAACAGGGACCAUUGCAUGGAAUGUUAAUCAAUACUCCAUAUGUGACCAAAGAUCUGCUUCAAUCUAAGAGGUUUCAAGCGCAGUCCCUAGGAACAACAUACAUAUAUGAUAUCCCAGAGAUGUUUCGGCAGUCCCUGAUCAAACUGUGGGAGUCUAUGUCCGCGCAGGCAUUCCUUCCAUCACCCCCUUUGCCUUCUGACAUGCUGACAUACACUGAACUUGUUCUGGAUGAUCAAGGCCAGUUGGUCCACAUGAACAGGCUUCCGGGAGGAAAUGAGAUUGGCAUGGUAGCCUGGAAAAUGACCCUUAAAAGUCCUGAAUAUCCAGAAGGCCGAGAUAUCAUUGUUAUUGGCAAUGACAUCACCUACCGAAUUGGAUCCUUUGGACCCCAGGAGGAUUUGCUGUUUCUCAGAGCUUCUGAGCUUGCCAGGGCAGAGGGAAUCCCACGUAUCUAUGUAGCAGCCAACAGCGGAGCAAGAAUUGGACUGGCUGAGGAAAUUCGUCAUAUGUUUCAUGUGGCCUGGGUAGAUCCUGAGGAUCCUUACAAGGGAUACAAGUAUCUGUACCUGACCCCUCAAGAUUAUAAGAGAGUCAGUGCUCUCAACUCUGUCUAUUGUGAGCAUGUGGAAGAUGAAGGGGAAUCCAGGUACAAGAUAACUGAUAUUAUUGGAAAGGAAGAGGGACUUGGAGCAGAGAACCUUCGCGGUUCUGGAAUGAUUGCUGGAGAAUCCUCAUUGGCCUAUGAUGAAAUCAUCACUAUCAGCUUGGUUACAUGCCGGGCCAUUGGAAUUGGGGCUUACCUUGUUCGACUGGGACAGAGAACCAUCCAGGUUGAGAAUUCUCACUUAAUUCUUACAGGAGCUGGGGCUCUCAAUAAAGUUCUUGGGCGGGAGGUAUAUACCUCCAAUAACCAGCUCGGGGGCAUCCAGAUCAUGCACAACAACGGCGUCACCCACAGCACCGUCUGUGACGACUUUGAGGGGGUGUUCACGAUCCUGCACUGGCUGUCUUACAUGCCUAAGAGUGUUCACAGUUCCGUUCCUCUCCUGAACUCCAAGGAUCCAAUUGAUAGAAUCAUCGAAUUUGUGCCCACAAAGGCCCCGUAUGAUCCCCGCUGGAUGCUAGCAGGUCGUCCUCACCCAACUCAGAAAGGUCAGUGGCUGAGUGGAUUUUUUGACUACGGCUCUUUCUCAGAGAUCAUGCAACCCUGGGCCCAGACCGUGGUAGUGGGCAGAGCCAGGUUAGGAGGAAUACCUGUGGGAGUAGUUGCUGUAGAAACCCGAACUGUGGAGCUCAGUAUUCCUGCUGAUCCUGCAAACCUGGAUUCUGAAGCAAAGAUAAUCCAGCAGGCUGGCCAAGUUUGGUUCCCAGACUCUGCAUUUAAAACAUUUCAAGCUAUCAAGGACUUCAACCGUGAAGGGCUACCUUUGAUGGUCUUUGCCAACUGGAGAGGCUUCUCUGGUGGAAUGAAAGACAUGUACGACCAGGUGCUGAAGUUUGGCGCUUACAUUGUAGACGGCCUACGGGAGUGCUCUCAGCCCGUGAUGGUUUACAUUCCUCCACAGGCUGAACUGCGCGGUGGCUCCUGGGUGGUGAUCGACCCCACCAUCAACCCCCGGCACAUGGAGAUGUACGCCGACCGAGAAAGCAGGGGAUCAGUUCUGGAGCCUGAAGGGACAGUAGAAAUCAAAUUCCGCAAAAAGGAUCUGGUGAAAACCAUGCGUCGGGUGGACCCAGUCUAUAUCCACUUGGCUGAGCGAUUGGGCACCCCGGAGUUAAGUGCAGCUGAGCGGAAGGAGCUAGAGAACAAGUUGAAGGAGCGGGAGGAAUUCCUAAUUCCCAUUUACCAUCAGGUGGCCGUGCAGUUUGCUGACUUGCACGACACGCCGGGCCGCAUGCAGGAGAAGGGUGUUAUUAACGACAUCCUCGACUGGAAAACAUCACGAACAUUCUUCUACUGGCGGUUGAGGCGGCUCCUGCUGGAAGAUCUAGUCAAGAAGAAAAUCCACAAUGCCAACCCCGAACUGACGGAUGGCCAGAUCCAGGCCAUGUUAAGGCGCUGGUUUGUGGAAGUGGAAGGAACGGUGAAGGCCUAUGUUUGGGACAAUAACAAGGAUCUGGUAGAGUGGCUGGAGAAGCAGCUGACUGAGGAAGAUGGCGUCCGCUCUGUAAUUGAAGAAAACAUCAAAUAUAUCAGCAGAGACUAUGUCCUCAAGCAGAUCCGCAGUUUGGUCCAGGCCAAUCCCGAAGUUGCCAUGGAUUCCAUUGUCCAUAUGACCCAGCACAUCUCACCUACUCAGCGAGCAGAAGUUGUCCGGAUCCUUUCUACGAUGGAUUCCCCUUCAACGUAGGAAGAGCUUCUUGCCCCUUCCCGCCCAGUCCCACCCACCUGCCCCUGGCCUCAAGGGCUCAAGCUGGAAACCUGUGAUCGGAAGGCGCCAGAGACCCAGCACUGGAAUCACAGUGGAAUUUUGAUUCCCAGAGCCCCGUUCCAGCCACACCUCCGAGGUCCAGUAUUUAUAUCCCCGGGACUCGGGCCCUCUCCCCGGGAAGGCAAUGACGGGUACACAUGCGUACCAUGAGGUCUUACUACACACAGCAGCUUUCCGGCCUCAUGAGCCUGCUGCCAUAGCAGCAGAGGAGGGCUGGCAUGAGGCCCAGGGCCAGGUCCUGGGACAUGAAAGCACCUCCACUUGGCUGUGUCUUUGCCCCCACAUUCGUCCCAGCCCACAGCAGGCACAGGAGAGGGACCAUUCUGCCUCCAUCGCACCACACGCUACCUGCGCGCUCCACAAGAACUCAAAGAUAAGAGUGAAACCCCGAUCCCAGCAGCAAGCUUGGUUCCGUCCUCACAGAACAAAUGGAAAGCUCUCUGGCCACAGGGAGCAGGGGCCCAGUAUCUUGCCUGGAGCUGUUAGGACUCGGCGCUCUCCAGGGCAGCCCUCCCAGUCCCUUUUGGGUCUUGUAUUCCAGGAAUGUACACAGGCGGCAGGGCUCCCCCCUGCUCUGACACGCCAUCACACCAGGAACUGGCCUUCCCCGGUGGGACCUGCAUCCCCGGGGACAUGGAACUCACAAGACCUGAGAAUUAGCCACAACUCGCCAUGGUGCUGCUGUCUCCCUGCUUCCUCGCCGGCCAGUGGCAGGGGCCUCUUCCACACGUGAGAGUUUAUUUUCAACACCCACUUUAUCCCAGGAACAAGCAUACUGGGUGUCUCAUUGGCUCUUCUGAAACAACAGUGGCAGGUGGUUGGGGCUGGGGGAGCAUCCGAUUCCCACAGUGCAGCUAAUUGCAUUUGUCACCGGUGACCAAGGAAGAAAUCGCUAAGAUAUUUUAGAAGCAGUGGUGUGACCGCUUCUGUCCAAGCUACCAUUGGGAACCUUAACCCUCUAGUUCACACACAGGAAAGCGCCACAGAUGGACUGGUGUGACCGCCGCCGUUCAAGACUGCGAAUGGGCACCACUGGGUUGGAGGCCUGGCUUGGGAGGCACCCUCGAAGAAGGCGGGAGUGGUGGGGCCCCACUCUCUGCCCAGGAAGCAGCACUAGCCAUGACUGCUUUCAGCCCUAUUCCACUCCACAUUCUGCAUUCUGCAGGUCCGGGUGCCCAGGACUGGAAAGCAGCCCCGGCAAUGCCAUCAAGGCAGAAUGGACUGCCCUCAUUUACCUCUCUCCCCCUACCCCUCCCCGCACCAAAUUAUGACACAUUAAAUGAAGGUUUCUCUUUGGAACUAUCCACAUUGGUCACAAAACAGUCCCCACUCGUCUCACCAAUUCCGUGGACACGUUCCCUGAGGAGCCAGAUGGAUUCUUUUCACAUUUUGUUGAAAUAAACCUCCACCUUUGUAGAAGA